AUGGCUCUUAGGACACUCUCAGCAAAGAGCGCUGCGGCACUCGACCAGGAGCUCAUGUCGACGGGUGCAUUUUCAAUUGAUCAACUCAUGGAACUCGCCGGAAUUUCCGUCUCACAAGCUGUCUUCAAACUCCAGCCUCUCAACAAAGGCAAGAGAAUACUAGUUGCCUGCGGGCCCGGCAAUAACGGAGGCGACGGCCUUGUCGCAGCCCGCCACCUAUUCCACUACGGGUACCAGCCGACCAUCUACUACCCCAAGCAAUCUAAAAGCGACCUCUACCAGCGCCUCAAGACGCAGCUUGAAGACCUCAAGGUUCCCUUCACGGACGACUUUCCUUCCGCUCUUAAGUCUACUGAUCACAUUGUCGAUGCUAUAUUUGGCUUCUCUUUCUCGGGCGAGGUGCGUGAGCCGUUCCCUAAGGUGAUCGAGGCAUUGAGAGACACGAAGCUCCCGGUGCUGGCGGUGGACUCGCCUAGUAGCUGGAACAUUGAAGACGGACCGCCAAGUGAGGGACCGGGAAAGGGAUUUAUGCCCGAGGCGUUGAUCAGCUUGACUGCGCCGAAGCCGCUGGUGAAGUGGUUUAAGGGACGGCAUUUCUUGGGCGGGAGAUUCUUGAGCCCAGCGGUGGCGGAGAAGUAUGACCUGGAUAUCCCGAAGUACGAGGGGCUCGAUCAGGUGGUUGAAGUUCCAGUUGAGGGUGGAACAUUGUGA